AUGGAGGCCGAGGGAUUUGGGUACAAGAGCCGCACUGCCCUCACCAACCAGGAGUUCUUCGCUUCGUGCUUCUGCUUUGUGGAUGACACCAAUGUCAUGGAGUCCAACGACAACGUGGAGACGACUGGCAAAGACCUCCUCCUGUCAGUACAAUCGGCUUUGGACCUUUGGUCGGGUGGCAUCAGUGCCACCGGUGGAGCUAUCAACCCAGCAAAGUCCUUCUCUUGGCUGAUCGAUUUCAAAUGGCGGCCGUCCUCUGGCAUGUGGGUGUUUUGGAGGAAGGCUGAAAUGCCUGGCGACCUGACCCUCCAAGACCCUACUGGGCUUUGGGCGACACUAUGA